AUGAGAGUUGAGAAAGAAGGACCAAGAAAUGAAGGUGGACACGUUGGUGGUUUUUUCCAAUUGUUUGACUGGACAUCAAAAUCUAAGAAGAAAUUAUUUGCAACCAAGUCAGAUUUGCCGGAAUCCUUGAAACAGAGAAGAAAAGUUGAUGGAAACUUGGCAACGAUGCUUCCCUAUCUGGUGGACGAAGAUGGUGAAAUUGGAGUGGGGGGAGGUAUUAGAGAAAGUGGUGAUCAUAGUUGUGCUACAUCUGCUACAGACGAUGAAGUAUCUGGAACAAGGGCCCCUGGUGUAGUUGCCAGGCUCAUGGGAUUAGAUUCAUUACCCUCUUCCAGUUUUUCUGAUUCAUAUUCUACCCCAUGCUUUGACAGCCAAUGUAUUCAAGAUGUGCAGUAUUGGAGAACAAAACUGAAUCAUCAUCAUGACCAUCAGAUCCUAUAUUCUGGAAAGUUAGCUGAGAAAACUGAGGGGACUUCUAGGAGCUUCAUGGAGGCAAUGCCUCUGCAGACCCGUAGCAGGCCGAUUGAAAAGUUUCAAACAGAAGUAAUGCCUCCCAAAUCAGCUAAAUCUAUUCCCCUUACACACCAUAAACUUUUGUCCCCAAUUAAGGGUCCAGGCUUUGUUCCAUCAAAUAAUGCUACUUACAUAAUGGAAGCUGCAGCAAGAAUUAUUGAACCUAGCCGCCAAGUUGCUCCAAAGGCUAAAACACCUCUGGUAACAUCAUCAACAGUAUCGUUGAGGGUUAGAGACCUUAAAGAAAAAGUGGAGGCUUCACAGAAGGGACAACUACUUGGUUCAUCUUCACUGACCUCUACAGUUAGAGAUACAAAAGGAAAAAGAGAAACUUCUCUUAGAACUAGUAAGCAUUAUGAAUCUUCUCAAAGGUUGACUGACUCUAAUGAUGCCAAAUAUCUAAAGGGACAACAAUCUUUGAACAAAAGUGGGAAUGGAUCUGUGGAUACACCUGUCAGAUCAUCUACUCAAGUAGAAGAAGAUUCUUUUUCGAAAAAUAAAGGGAAGUCUCUAUCACUUGCAAUCCAGGCAAAAGUGAAUGUUCAAAGAAGGGAAGGCUUGAGUUUUAGUAGUGGAAAAAGUUUGGUGGAGCAUAUAGAACAAUGUGACACUAAAACCCCCCAGCAGCCUCUGAAGCCUAAUGUUAAGAAGAGUUUGCACAAGAAAUCUUCUGGACAAGAUGCUUCUGGUGUUCUCAGGCAGAAUAAUCAGAAACAGAAUUGUUCAAUGGAUAAAGACAAGCUGGCAUCAAAGCCAUUGGUUUCCAAUUCACAUGGUAGAAAAGUUGUGAUUGGGGAUUCCUCUAGUGGACGUCAUAGAAGCUCUAGUAAUAAAUCCAUUGCAAAACCUAAAAUCGGGCCCAAAAAAUCAUCCAUGAACGUGACAGAUAGUGAAAAGGAAGUCUUGUAUACUCGUACAAACAAUUUCCCAAGGAAGAAGAGGUCUACAGACAGGGACUGGAAUGAUAGGGAUGUUGAUAAUUUAUUCAUUGACAAAUCACAGAACUCUGUUCAGUCUAAUCUAGUUAGUAAUAAACACCAUGGUGGGGCUGAAGAAGUCAAAAAGAAAGACAUGGAUGUAGUUUCAUUCACAUUUACCACGCCGUUGACAAGAAGCAAUUCUGGUUUUGAGACUUCUGGCCUAAAUUCAUUGGAUCAGCAUAUUAGAAGAGCGUUGAUUGAUACAGAAACUGAUAGUGCACGGUCUCCAGUAGGAUACAAUGCAAUCGGUGGUGAUGCCUUGGGUAUUCUUUUGGAUCAGAAGUUGAGGGAGUUAACAUAUGGAGUUGGGAAAUCUUGUGAUGGCUCGCUCAAAGCAAGGUCACCUUCCAGUACUGCACCAAAAUCAAAAGAUCUGGUUCCCACCCUUAAUUCAGUUAACCUCUUUCCACGGUUGGAACAGAAGAAAGAUCAAGACAUUAUGUUGACAGAUAAGUUAUUCAGUAACUGGGAAUGUGACAAUUCCUUCACUUGUCUUCCUGACUUAUCAUCCAAGAAUAGGCUUCGGCUUGAUAAGGUGGACGAGUGCAAGAUCAAUCCUAUGGAAGCAGAGUUAUUCAAUUCCGGACAGCCGAGUCCAAUGUCUGUUCUUGACCCUUCUUUUUCUACUGAAAGCUGUGACUCUCCAUUCAGCGCAAAUGCUGCCAGUUCAGAAGACAAAAAGAGGAGGAAGCAAGUCGUGCGCUCAGGAAGUGGCUAUACAGAUUUGUUUGAUUCAGCAUCAGCUAGGACAAUGCUAAAGAAACAAGCAAGCACAUGUUCCCAAAUGAAGUUUGGACAAUCAAGUACAUGGGAGUUAGACUAUGUGAAUGAUAUAUUGUGUAAUGUGGAGUUGAUGUACAUGGACUUUUCUCUUGGUAGAGCUCGUGACAUUGUGAACCCCCAUCUGUUCAACCAGUUGGAAAAUAGAAGGGGAAGGUUUGAGAGUGAUGGUGGUGAGUGUAGAAUAAGAAGGAAAGUUAUAUUUGAUUGUGUGCGUGAGUGUUUGGACUUGAGAUGUAGAUGUUGUGUUGGUGGGGGGUACAAAAUGUGGGCAAAAGGAGUUGCAAUGGUGAGAAGAAAUGAAUGGUUGGCAAGGGAAGUGUGGAAGGAAAUUUCAAGUUGGAGGGAUAUGGGGGACUCAAUGGUGGAUGAACUGGUAGAUAAGGACAUGAGCAUCCAACAUGGACGAUGGCUAGAUUUUGAGGUUGAUACUUUUCAACUUGGUGCAGUGGUUGAAGACCAAAUAUUUGAUUCUUUGGUUGAUGAUUUCGUUGCUGAAAUCCUUCAAUUAUAA